GGGCCGCGGCGCUCCGCGGGCCAGUCGCGGGUUGUCAGAACGGUCGCCGCCGGAGUGGGGCGAGGCUGCGUCGCUCGGUCUUGGCGGUGUAGGGCCCGUGUAAGGAUGAGAGCGCAGAGGACGCAGGGCCGCUGGAGGCGCAGAAGCCGCUAGCUCCUUUUCGCGCCCGCCCGCCAGCGCUCCCGGCCCUGGAGACCAUGAGGUUCCGCAUCUACAAGCGGAAGGUGCUGAUCCUGACGCUCGUGGUGGCCGCCUGCGGCUUCGUCCUCUGGAGCAGCAAUGGGCGACAAAGGAAAAACGAGGCCCUCGCCCCGCCGCUGCUGGACGCCGAGCCCGCGCGAGGUGCGGGCGGCCGGGGCGGGGACCAUUCGGCUGUGUCCGUGGGCAUCCGCCGGGUCUCCAACGAGUCGGCGGCUCCGCUGGUCCCCGCGGCCCCGCAGCCUGAGGCGGACAACCUGACGCUGCGGUACAGGUCCCUGGUGUACCAGCUGAACUUCGACCAGACGCUGAGGAAUGUAGAGAAGGCCGGCUCCUGGACCCCUCGAGAGCUGGUGCUGGUGGUCCAGGUGCAUAACCGGCCCGAUUACCUCAGACUGCUGCUGGACUCCCUCCGGAAAGCCCAGGGCAUCGACAGCGUCCUCGUCAUCUUUAGCCAUGACUUCUGGUCGACAGAAAUCAAUCAACUGAUCGCUGGGGUGGAUUUCUGUCCGGUUCUGCAGGUGUUCUUUCCUUUCAGCAUUCAGUUGUACCCCAACGAGUUUCCAGGCAGCGACCCCAGAGAUUGCCCCCGAGACCUGGAGAAGAAUGCAGCUUUGAAGAUGGGAUGCAUUAAUGCUGAGUAUCCCGACUCCUUUGGCCAUUAUAGAGAGGCCAAGUUCUCCCAAACCAAACACCAUUGGUGGUGGAAGCUGCAUUUUGUAUGGGAAAGGGUCAAAGUUCUUCGAGACUAUGCUGGCCUCAUACUUUUCCUAGAGGAGGAUCACUACUUAGCCCCAGACUUUUACCAUGUCUUCAAAAAGAUGUGGAAGUUAAAGCAGCAAGAGUGUCCUGAGUGUGAUGUUCUCUCCCUGGGGACGUAUACGGCCAGUCGCAGUUUCCAUGGCAUUGCUGACAAGGUAGACGUGAAAACUUGGAAAUCCACAGAGCACAAUAUGGGUCUAGCCUUGACCCGGGAUGCGUAUCAGAAGUUGAUUGAGUGCACAGACACUUUCUGUACUUACGAUGAUUAUAACUGGGACUGGACUCUUCAAUAUUUAACUGUAUCCUGUCUUCCAAAAUUCUGGAAAGUGCUGGUUCCUCAAGUUCCUAGGAUAUUUCAUGCUGGAGACUGUGGUAUGCACCACAAGAAAACCUGUAGACCAUCCACCCAGAGUGCCCAAAUUGAGUCACUCUUAAAUAAUAACAAACAGUACUUGUUUCCAGACACUCUAACUAUCAGUGAGAAAUUUGUGGCAGCCAUUUCCCCACCUAGGAAAAAUGGAGGGUGGGGAGAUAUUAGGGACCAUGAACUCUGUAAAAGUUAUAGAAGACUGCAGUGAAAAAUCACAAUUACAAAAGCAAAAGUGACAGUCUUCUAUUUUUGAUAUUUGUCCAAACAGGAUAAACAAUUGAAUAAAAAGGGUUUAGGAACUGGUUUCUGCUUUAAUACAAAAAAAAAACAAAAAACAAAAAAACAAUUCUUGUAAAAGAUGUCCAAAUAUAGUAAUCUUUUCCUUCUAUGUCUGACAAAAAUUUAAACAGAAGUUUUCAUUUCAGGAGUUGGGUUUUAAAGUUCAAUCUGUAUCAGCUAAAGGUAAUCAUUGUUAACCGGUAAAAGAAAAGAGGAGAAAUUUUAUUUAAAUUGCAUCUCUUAAUCUUUUUAUCUGGAACUUUGUACACUUUUCCACUUUCAAAACUUAUUUUAAGUACAGCAAACUUUAUUUAAAAUUGUCGUAACAGUAAAAAGUAUUACAAUAGAAUCAUUAGAGUAUUAACGGAGCAAGCCCAAUUUCACUCGACACGGUUACUAAGAAGGGUUUGCUUCGCUGGUUUUAUAAUUCAGAAGUUAUGUUUGUUAAACACCCUAUCAGAACAGACAUUUUCAGUAUUACAGAUUCCUGUAUUAUUGUGUUAAGAUUUGCCUGUGCUUUGGAACCUUCAUAGAACACACUUUCUUUUGGAAUGUAUUUGAUAAGAAAGUUGAAACACUGUUUUCACCUCAAUGUAGAAAUACAGUGGGUUUUUUUUUCUUUUAGUGCUGCCAAAAUAAAAUAACUCAUUUUUGCAUAAAAAGUUCCUAAUCAUUUUGUAGAAGAAAUUUUGUUUACUCUUUACACCAAAAUUCAGUAAAGGCAUUCUAGAAGUUUUAUAGUUUGCAUUAUAUCUUCAUAUGAACCCUUUGUACAUCAUACAACUGAAUUUGAAUUAAAGAAAACCCCACUCUUGACAAUGCAUUCCCUUUGGAAGAAACUGGCUUUCAAAUUAGCCAAGCAUAGCUAAUGAACAAUAAAAAGCUGCCUUGUAAGUGAAA